AUGUAGUAAAAUAAUAUCGAUGAGAAUGAAGCAAGUCUAUUAUUCAAAUUUAUUUUGAUAGGAGAUGUUGGUAUUUAUGAUACACUCAAUCUUCGUAGCUGUUGGUAAGACAUCGUUGCUUAAGUAAUUUGUGGAGAAGAGGUCUUGUGAUGACUAUAAUAUGACUAUUGGAGUUGAAUUCAACAUCAAGUAUAUCUAAGUGAAUCAUCAUGUCAUUAAAUUGCAGAUGUGGGAUACAGUAAAAAGAUCCUUAAUGAAAAGUCUGGACAAGAGAAUUUCAAAAGUGUGACACGUUUGUAUUACAGAGCAGCAGCGGGAGCUAUCAUGGUUUUUGACAUUACAAGACGAGAAACAUUUGAAAACAUUCGUAAUUGGCAUCGUGAGGCUCUUGACAAUGGCAAUAGCAGGAUGAAAUUUCUACUCAUUGGCAACAAGACAGACUUACAGAAUCAAAGAGAAGUUGAAUUUUAUGAAGCAGCUCAAUAUGCAAAAGAAAAUGAGUGUCUCUAUACCGAAUGUUCUGCUUUGUAAGGAUCUAAUGUAGAAAAUGCAUUCAUGGAAUUGGCACAUCAAAUUUAUCAGAUGGCCACAGAGGACCCCAACUUGGUUAAUGAAUAAUACGGGAUCAAGUAUGUCAAUAAUGCCAACAGUUCCAUGUCUACAAGCAAAAUUGUAAAUCAAAAUGCUUAAUAUAACAAAUAGUCAUAAAAGGUAAUCAAGUAGCAGCACUAAUAGAUAAAUAAUCAUAACAAUGAAGAAUUUAUUGAAUAUUAUGGUGAUUAGAAUUAAUCCAAUCAAAAAAAGGCUUAGUGUAACAAUUGCUGUGCAGAUAUAUGA